UAGGCACCGACUCGGUGCGGGACGAGGUAGAGGCAGGUAAACGUGUACGUCUUGGGCCCCAAGAAACUAGUGAUCCAGCGGAACAAGGUCCGGGCGGAGAUCACCGUACGAAGCGGGGUACCGGCUGGUCCCUGGGACCAGGGAUUAAGGACGUGGAUUGUGACGGGUCUCGCUCCGCUCCGCUCUGCCCACCAAAGAGUUGAAGGCGGAAGAGAAAGUUCUCUCAGUAGGCGCCGAGGCUGGGGAGCCGGAACGCCUGGGGAAAGGGUGGCUGAGCGUUAGCGAGGCCAAGCGAGCGAAGUGUGACUCCGUCGGCCGUCGGGAGGCGCCAGCGAGGGGUGGCUCGGCGGCGGCGCCCCCAGGACAGCUCUUUUUGACCGAAGUACGCGGAAGCCUGGCGGGCCUGGGGGGGCCCGGGGGGAAUGGGGCUAGUGCCCUCUGCGCUGCAGAGGCGCCGGAGGGGCGGGGACAGGCGGAAAGGGCGGGGCGGGGCGGGGGCGCGGGCGGCUGUGGGCGGGGGUAGAGGCCGGCGGGGAGGGGACGGGAGGAGCGAAGGGGCCUACAGGGCUCUGCCGAAACCCUGUGUGUGAAGUCGGCGGCUGGCAGGACAGGGAUCCAGGGUGGACUGGUCCGCGAGGGAGCCCCGUCCCCGAACAGCCGGAAGAGGCCACCUGGAGGGUGGACAGAGGCAGGGAGGGCCAGCAUGCCCCCCAUGCUGCUCCCCGCCCUGCCGCUUCUCCUGGGCGCCACGCUGACCUUCCGGGCAGUCCGGCACGCGCUCUGUCGCCUGCCCCUGCCCGCGCACGUGCGGGCCGACCCCCUGCGGACCUGGCGCUGGCAUAACCUGCUCGUCUCCUUCGCGCAUUCCAUUGUGUCAGGGACCUGGGCGCUGCUGUGUAUAUGGCAGACCCCUGAGAUGCUGGUGGAGAUUGAGAAAGCAUGGUCGCUUUCUGGCUACCUGCUUGUUUGCUUCUCCGCAGGGUAUUUCAUCCACGACACGGUGGAUAUCGUGAUUAGCCAUCAGUCAAGAGCUUCUUGGGAAUAUCUCGUCCACCACGUCAUGGCUAUGGGUGCCUUCUUUUCAGGCAUCUUUUGGAGCAGAUUUGUUGGUGGGGGUGUCCUAACACUGCUGGUGGAAGUCAGCAACAUCUUCCUCACGAUACGCAUGAUGAUGAAGAUCAAUAAUGCCCAGCAUCUCCUCCUCUAUCGGGUCAACAAAUACAUCAACUUGGUCAUGUACUUCCUCUUCCGCCUGGCCCCUCAGGCCUACCUCACCCAUCUCUUCCUGGGUUACGCAGGCCAGAGGACCCUGGGAACCUUUCUGCUGGCCAUCCUGCUCAUGCUGGAUGUCAUGAUCCUUGUCUACUUUUCCCGCCUCCUCCGCUCAGACUUCUGUCCCCAGCGCAUCCCCAGCCACCAACACAAAGACAAGUUCUUGACUGAGUGAAAAAGCAGUUAGGGAUUUGUGGCAAGGACAACAAACACCGCCAAGGACAGCCUCACAGGAAUGGAGAAGAGGCUUAGCCCCUCGCCUGAGGUGUUCUCUUGGGGCCAGCCUCUCUACCAAGCCUGCUCCUACUAUUUAAAACACUAAUGAAAGAA